AUGGUUGGUGAUGAAUCCACUCAAUUUGGACCGCCAAAAUCAUCCAGUCGGUUGACUUCGACUUCCCCUCUCAACCAAAUGGUUGCCAUGCAUAACCCGAUUCAGCUGGCCGCCAUCUCAAACUACAAGCUGGCUCAACUCACAUUUGCACCUCCAGAUCUCGACACCAUGAGAAGAACAGCUCUUGUCAAAAACAUGUUGGAUGCAUUAUACGAAGAUACUCCCCCUGAGUGGCUCGAUCAAAUGACACGCUGGACGUUUUUUACACCUGAAUCACUCGGAGACAUGACGCAGGAACGCUUGGAAGAAAUCUUUGCUCAAUAUGCACAGACCAUUGAAGCUUUUCAACCUCUAAGUUUGGAUGAUGACGACGAUGACGAUCAUUUCGAUGAAACGGAUACGUGGGUGGAUGAAGAGGAAUUCUUUAACAAUGACGAUGAUGAUGAUGAAAUCGAAGCGAUCAGUGCAAGUUAUCCUACACCUCCAGAACAAUCCAUCUUUUCGCAACCAGAUGCCAAUCUCUCUUCUGAACUCGUUGCAUCCCCAUCUUCACGAUCUCCACCUCCACUUCCUCCUUCUACUUCAUCAUCAUCACAACCAAUAACACCAUCUUCAUCUCCAUCACAACAACAACAACCACCUAUAUCUCUACCACCUUCACCACCUGUAUCCUUGGUAGAGAAACCGUUACCCAAGAGUCCGAUGGAGGAUACUAGACGCAAAUCACAACAACAACAACAACGCAAGAGCUUUACUCCUUCGAUACGUAACAGCAAACAUCGUCUAAGCUGGACAAGCGAUACGGGUCUAUUGCCAUCAAGUUUUGCAGUGCAUAACAUGGCGAGCGAGAUGAUGACCCUCUUUGAUAUGGAUUUUUCAUUGGAUCUCAAACCCAACACGGCACCCAAACUACCCGAGUUACCAUUUAUCAGUGAAAAGGACUUGAGACGACGAUCACAACGUUAUUCUACCGAUUCAUUGCUGGGUUUGAUUCCCAAGUUUGAAGCAUUCAGUAUUGAAGAGGAACGUGCUUUCCCACCACCACCACUACAACAACAAUCAACAGCACCAAAAAGACGUAGUCGACUUUCUCGUCAAAUGACACUACCCCCUUCUUCAUUGGAUUCUUCUUUUGAUUCCCACGGUAAUAAGCGACCCACUGUCGCCAAUCCACCAGCACGUUCUUCCUCUUUGAAAUACAGAAAUCAACGCAACAAGAAAAAGCAUUCAUCCGACGACUCUUCAAAAUCAAAUAGCAUCAAGUCAAAGAGUUCAGAGUUCUUGGCUUCAUUAGCACAAGCACUUGGCGGUAACAACAACAACAGCAAUAACGCAUCGCAUCAUCAUCAUCAUCAUCAUCAACAAACACCCACUAUUCAUGAAGAGGAUGAACCCAAGAGUAAAUCCAUGCUUCGAUUGGCAUCUUUGAUGAAAGGAGGUGGUGGUGGUGGUGGAGCAGGUAAUAGGAAACGGUCAUCAUCCAGUCCUUCUCUUCAUAUCAACGAUGACAUGUUGAAUGUACCCAACAAUGAGGAAUCACUCCCAAGGAAAUCGAUCAGCUCGACUAUUUCAUCUUCAUCCUCAUGCUGGUCAUCCACCUCGGAAAUUCUUGUAGCACGCAAGACUUCUUUUCGACGAAAACCCUUGUUUACCGCUGAUCAACAACGCAAUCACCCUUAUCACUUUUACGAUGCCAACGACGACGACAACGAUACCAAUGCCAAACGACGCAGCUUUACUGCUAUGCGACCCAUGGUUGUGGAAGCCCAAGACUUACGUCGAGCACGUUCACUUGGCCAUCAUCGAUACCCUGCAAGCGGAGCUGCUGCACGUAAAAAGAAACAUCGAUCCUCAUUGUUGAUGGAAAAAACCAUGUCCAAACGUAAAAGCAUGCAACAACAACAACAACAGAAUGGCGAUACAACAACCAUUGAUGGCAAUAACCUAAAACGAAGCAAGUCAGCCUUUGUACGCAUUGGACGUGGAUUCAAGUCUCAACGACGACGACAACAACAAAAGCAAUACCCUCGAACCAAAGAAGCCAUUGCAGUAGCUGCUGCAGCUGAAGAUGAACUACGUCGACAAUCAGCCGUUGUUUUACUUGAAGACGACGUUGAGGAGCAUACAAUGGAGGAAGAUAACACCAACAAGAAAACAUUUGUCAAGAGAAUGGCUACAUUGGGUCGUCGUAUGCGUCUACAACGAGCUUAA